AUUAAAUUAAUUAGAUUCCAUAAAUUCAAGGUUUCGUUUUCUGAGGAUAUAUAGUAGGUACUACGGUAAACGCAGCAAACUCUUUAGCAUAAUGAACGCAACUUUUAAUCUUAUGUACGACGGUUUGAGCGGACUGGUUCCCUCAGUAUAAACAUUUUCAAUGCCUGGAUGUUCCUUAAGCUAAUACUUUAAUUUUAUUCCAUAAAUACCUGUUUCAGGUGAAAACAGAUGCUUGCUCUUAAGUACUAUGGGAAUUUCUUUCGGGCGUGAAUGGGGACAUAACACUGAUCUCAAGAAAAGGGGCAUCAACUGUCUUGAUCGGGCUGUCAGAAUAUUACGCACAAUUUUCAGUUCCUCGGUGACUUGGUGAACAGUAACGUAAAUUGCGUGUGGAGGGCCCCCUGAAAUGAUCCGUGCAGUCCACUCACCGAUCGCAUUUAGCGUUUUUCUGCUGGGGCUUUGGUGUUGUGGGAUUCCAGCAACAGUGCGCUCGGAGAAUGAGUGUAUCUGUAACAGGGCAUCCAGGUGUCAUUGUGAUGGAGUGAAAGGCAACAAGGGAGAGAUGGGAUACCCAGGGUUUGAUGGUCCUCCAGGAGAAUCUGGUUUCCCAGGGAUUGAAGGUCGUCCUGGACCAGUAGGCCCAAAGGGAGACAUUGGCUUUCCUGGACCUCCAGGACCUAAAGGCUCACUGGGGCGUGAUGGGAGUCCAGGAUUCUUUGGAGCACCAGGGCUGCCAGGCUCCCCUGGAAAUGCAGGACCUAUGGGGCUCCCUGGAAUCCCAGGAUGCAACGGGACAAAAGGUGACAGCGGAUCUCCUGGGUUCCCUGGAGUGCCUGGACCAGUUGGACUGCCAGGUUUAAAUGGAGAAACUGGACCCAAGGGGGACACCAGCUAUAUGCCACAUUAUGUGGAUGUGAAAGGAGAACGUGGUCCACCAGGGCCGAAUGGUGUGAAGGGCCCCCACGGGACACCAGGCCUGCAUGGCCCUCCGGGGCCCAUGGGACCCCAUGGUUAUCCGGGGUUCCCAGGGUUACGCGGUGUGCCAGGUGAGAAGGGUAGAGAGGGGUUGAGGAGUGUCCCAGCGCCACGAGGUCUGAAGGGAAACAGAGGCGAUCGUGGACUACCUGGUGAAAAAGGAGUAAAGUUAUAUCUGCUUGGACAAAAUGAACUGAAGGGGAUGCCAGGUGACCCAGGAGAGAAGGGCUGUGCUGGAAUGCCUGGUCGUCCUGGAAGACACACGCGUGACCCAGAGAAAGGCGACCAAGGAGAGCCUGGCCCUGAGGGAAAACCUGGGAAGACUGGUAAUCCAGGGUACGGUGGCAUUAAGGGGGAAAAAGGAGAAAGUGGCAACUCUGGCCCUCCAGGAAUCGAGGGUUCAACGGGCGAUAAAGGAGACAGAGGUCCUGUUGGGCCACCAGGGGAAGUGCAGUACAGGGACGUUUUCAUCAAAGGGCAGCAGGGAUUACCUGGCCCUCCAGGACCCCCGGGCCCAAAAGGUUACCCAGGUGUGAGUGGUUUCCCUGGACAAACUGGCCCACCAGGGUUACCUAUCCCUGGCCUUCAGGGGUCGCCCGGUUACCCUGGCUCUUCUGGCCUGAAAGGGGACACAGGCGACCCGGGCCCUUAUGUCAGGGGCUCCCCUGGACCGAGUGGAACUCCUGGACCGGUUGGUUCCCCGGGAGAUCCUGGGCCUCCUGGAAGGCCAGAUGUUGCAAAGGGCCGCCCAGGACCCCCCGGAGUACGGGGCCCCAAAGGCAGUGGAGGCCCCCCAGGAAUGCAGGGCAAUUUCGGAAGUCGCGGUGAGAAGGGUGAUUGCUGCAGACUCUGUCCGCUUACAGAAGCCGAACCUGGACCGCCCGGCCCACCAGGGGUCCACGGCAUGCCUGGAUGUGAUGGUGAACCAGGAGAUCCAGGGCCUGAAGGAUAUAAAGGAAGCAAAGGUCUGAGGGGUCCGGUUGGUCCUCCGGGACCCUAUGGUGAGUCAGGACGAAAAGGUUUUCCAGGACCCAAGGGUGACAAAGGCUUCAGUGAUGAGAUUGGACAGAAGGGGGAGAUUGGAUUUGCAGGCCUUCAUGGAUUUCCAGGAUCGAGUGGUGUGGAUGGGCCCCCUGGGUACCCAGGACCAAAGGGUUGGCAGGGUCCAAAGGGAAAUCCGGGAUUACCUGGGCCGAAAGGAGACAUUGGCCCCCUUGGGCUCUCUGGGCCCCCAGGAUGUCAAGGGCAGUUGGGGGGACCGGGCCCCACUGAAAUGGGGCCUGAAGGGUUUCCCGGACCGAAGGGAGAUAGAGGGGUUCAAGGCCUUUACGGGAGACCUGGAGACCCAGGAGAGAAAGGGUCGCAAGGCACAACAGUGCCAAGCCCAGGUGAUCCGGGUCCGAGGGGUGAGAGGGGCGUCUCAGGCAAUCCCGGACCACCAGGUGAUCCUGGCCCCACAGGAUUCAGAGGUCUGCCUGGCACUUUUGGCAGCAAGGGUGACAUGGGUUCCUAUGAGCAUGGUCCCCCUGGAGACCCCGGGGUCAAAGGUGACAAAGGCCAGCCAGGGAAGCCAGGUGAAGCCAGUGUGGGGCCCCCAGGAAGAAGAGGGCCAAACGGAGCCUCUGGGAAUCCAGGGCCAAAGGGUGACAUUAGUUUUGGGCCCCCCGGCCCAACAGGCAGACAAGGGUCCCCAGGGGAAGAAGGUGCUCUUGGGCCUUCAGGUAAUAUGGGGCCACAGGGUCCACCUGGAUGUGCUGGAACACCUGGGUCAGAAGGCCCCGCUGGGGAACAAGGUCCCCCGGGUUAUACUGGUAUGCCAGGAUUGCCAGGUCCUGCUGGGAUCUGCUCACCUGGAUGUGAGGGGUCACAGGGUCCAGCAGGUCAGAAAGGCUACAGAGGCCCCACUGGUCAAACAGGACGGAAAGGAAGGACGGGGGACCCAGGUGACCCAGGGGAGGGCUUUGAAGGCAUGGUAGGCGGCUUUGGCCCUCCAGGGAUUAACGGAACACAGGGAUCAGUGGGACCUGCGGGGCUGAAGGGUUUCAGAGGACAAGAUGGCUUCCCUGGAGCUUCAGGCAGGGUGAUCCGGAAAGGGACUUUGGGCAGCCUGGAUAGGGCCAGGGGACAUCCAGGGCCGACUGCCAAGAAUGAAGAGAACAACACUAAUUUUGGCUGUGUGAUAGGGCUCAUGGGCACUGAUGGAGCGAAGGGUGCGAAGGGGUGUAAGGGAGUCGUGGGGGCCAAAGGACACCAAGGACCUGGAGGACCCCCUAAUGACAUUGUUGUCAAAGGGCUCCCUGGGGAUCCUGGACCAGCGGGGCUACAGGGGCGCACAGGCACUAAAGGGGAUCCAGGAGACCCGGGACCCGGUGGGCCUUGUGGGAAAAAUGGGCCCCCAGGAAGUCCUGGUCCACAAGGGCCUCCUGGUGAUCCAGGUGUUGACGGGAACCCUGGAGGUCCGGGUUUCUCUGGUAGCCCUGGUUUCCCGGGCAAGGAUGGCUUACUUGGUCUGAAAGGUCAGAAGGGGGUUGGUGGGGCUGCUGGAGAGCCUGGGUCACGUGGGACACCAGGUUCAAAUGGACAUAAAGGGGACAAAGGUCAACCAAGCCUACCUGGGCCUGGUCCCAAAGGACUGCAAGGAGAAAAGGGUGUACCAGGCUCCCCAGGUCAAAAAGGAAACAAGGGGCACAGAGGCAUUUCGGGUAACGUGGGGCCUGAGGGCUCCCGUGGUCCUCCAGGACCCCAAGGAGACCCGGGCUACCCAGCAUAUCCAGGAUCCCCAGGGCCGCCAGGGGACAAAGGGAAUUAUGGACUUUCAGGACUUCCUGGCGCUCCUGGUCCCAAUGGCCCUCCAGGAGUCACAGGGAACGCUGGAGAUCCUGGUCGGCAGGGCAACAAAGGCAACCAGGGCCUCGAUGGAAUCCCAGGCCCCGUGGGAGAGAAGGGCGACAUGGGUGUUGUUGGAAUAGGAAACCCAGGUGAAACAGGCCCAAAGGGUCCAACAGGCCAGAAAGGAGACCCUGGAGAUCCUGGCCCCUUUGGGCCCCCUGGUCCCAGAGGCCCCCUCGGUGAAACUGGGCCCUGUGGCCCCCCUGGCCCCCCUGGCAGCACUGGCCGCCUCGGGCAGGACGGAAUGUGUUUUAGUGGGACGAAGGGCGAGCGAGGGCGUAUAGGCGCUGUGGGGAGACCAGGGCCGCGGGGCUCCUGUGGGCCUCCAGGACCUCCAGGGCCAGGGUUUAAAGGAGACAAGGGGGAUCCGGGGGCCCCGGGGCAAGAGGGUCUGCCUGGGGAAAGAGGUGACGUUGGGUUGCCUGGGAGAAAUGGGGGAGAUGGUAAAAAUGGUUUGCGAGGGCCGAAAGGUGAAUCUGGGACAUUAGGACCAACAGGACCAAGUGGUGUGACAGGAGACUCCAGGGCGCGGGGUCCGCCCGGGCCCCAAGGAAAUGAGGGGCCCCCAGGGCCACCAGGACCGAAGGGCGACGAUGUUUUCAGAGAUGUAAUAUUCAUCCCGGGGGACCAAGGUCAUCCCGGGACUGAAGGACUGUAUGGGGAACAGGGACCGCCAGGAGAGCCAGGCCCAGUAGGAUUUCCAGGACGCCCGGGUCCUAAAGGUGCCACUGGCCCAGAAGGGGUUUCUGGGAACCCAGGGCCCCAAGGACCAAAGGGUGACAGAGGGCCCCCAGGACAGUCAGGGCUGCAGGGGUUUCUGGGCCUCCAGGGCUCUAAGGGUAUCCGUGGGCAGCCAGGAGACCAUUUCUCAGGCCCAAGGCAGGACAGCUUCCUGUUCACUCGGCACAGCCAGAAGCAGCAAGAGCCACAGUGUCCCGACGGGAGCAACUUCAUCUACUCCGGCUACUCCCUCAUCUACAUCAACGGCAACAGCAGAGGACACGGCCAAGACCUAGGCACUCUGGGAAGCUGUCUGCUCCGGUUCUCCACCAUGCCCUUUCUGUACUGCAACCCAGACAGUACCUGUCACUACGCUUCCCGCAACGACUACUCCUAUUGGCUGUCCACUGACGAACAGGCGCCCACUGACGCGCCACUCAUCCCGGCUGAAUCGGUGGAGAGAUACAUCAGCAGGUGUUCGGUGUGUGAGACCAGUGCCAGUUUAAUCCCCGUUCACAGCCAGACCAAUGAGAUUCCAGAAUGCCCCCGUGGAUGGCGCUCUCUGUGGACAGGCUACUCCUUCCUUAUGCAAACAGGCGCAGGAGCUGAGGGCUCUAGCCAGCCGCUGGCUUCGCCAGGGUCCUGUCUGGAGAAGUUCACUAAAGUCCCUUCCCUGGAGUGCCACGGGCGUGGAACCUGCAACUACUACAGGGACUCCUACAGUUACUGGCUGGCCUCUCUCGACCCCAACAACAUGUUCAGCCAGCCGGUUCCUUGGACGGUGAGGGAGGACGCCCCAGGGAGCCUGAUCAGCCGCUGCCGCGUGUGCAUGAAGCUGUGACCGCAGAGCCCUGCCCACAGCGGGGCCCAGCAGCCGCGCCUGCACCGCCCGGUCCGGCAGCAGGGGGCGCCAGUGGGCCCGGCCAACGCGAACGCGAGACUGUAAUCAUGGUGCUUUAAUCACGGUGCUCACCGCGAGCGAGGCGCAGCACCACGCACCCCUCGCCGAGUUCCCUUCAGUAUUGUUUCGUCGCUGUUCUGUUCUCUGUCUUUGGACGCAACCCCUUUCGUUUUAAUGAACAUUUCUCGGUGCUUAUCUUAAUUUAACGUUAAUGCGACGUAAUCUUGAAAAGAGCAGGACAAAUGAGGUCAUCGCUCAUUUUUUUUUAAAGACAGUACUGUGGGCCAGAUUUUCUAAGACAGUGUUAAAUGAAAAAGAUAUUAUUUCUCAAAUCCCUCUUAAAAGUUUUGUUGUAGUCGGUAACACACGUAUCACAGAACACACAUCAACAACAUAUGACCUGAUCCAGAUCAUUUAUUUUAACCUUGGGUUUUUGUGGUAGCAGUCUACACCAAAUAUACUGUAGGUUGAUUUGUUCUCAUAGUGUAACUUAUAAAAUGUAGCUAUCUUAUUAAAUUUUUGCUAUGCUCAGCUAACUGGCCAUCCAAUUUCCCAUUGCAAUACAAUUCCCAUCAAGCCUCUGACCAGCAUCUCAUUGACGUCACUCACAAAGACGCUGGAAUGAACUAUGGGACCUCGAGGCAAGGGAAAUGCGUAAAUGGCUGUGUAAACUGUGUUUCAGCAUAUACUUAAAGGUCAUUGUAGAAGAACAUCAUGCUCCACGGACAGCGGACGCCUACCCCACAUGGAUAGAUAAUUGAUUCUGAAAUGAAAGAUGAUGACUAGUAGGCCAGAGCAUGAUUACACAUUUUUUUGGGUCCAGCUGGGGCAGAGCGCUUCCCACCUACGCCGUCAGGGAGUGAUUUCUCUAAAAUCGUAUAAGCAUUACUUGUUAAGCAGGACAUUAAUUGGAUGUUUGUGUUAUUGUCUGCAAUAGUAAAAAUUCCUUUUGUA